AUGUUUACAAGUUUAUCAUACUUGAAGAAGCAUACCCCAGAAAAUGGAACUGAUCGUGAAAGUUAUUUAUCAAUAUUAGUGGAUGAAUAUUUAAAUUCAAAUUCUGUUGAUGCUAAAUGCCAAGUACUUGCAAAUUUGGCUAAUUUUGCUUAUGACCCGAUCAAUUUCGUAUUUAUUCGCGAUGUUGGUGUUUAUGACAUAUUUUUAUAUGUUAUAAAAAAUGAAGCUAACUCCCAAUUGCUACAUUUUGCAGCAGCUGGGAUUUGCAAUUUAUGUUCAGAUCCCCUGAAUGUUGAAUAUUUGAUGGAACAUGAUGGAGUCAAACCUCUGGAAAAUUUGUUGACGUCAACACACAGUGAGACUGUUGCAGAUGUUAUAACUACAUUUAUACAGAUUUAUAACAAUACAUCAAUUUCGAACGAAUCCCAAGUUAUUCGUCAAAUUGAAAUAUUAAGAACAUCAGAAAAUAAAGUAAUAUCAAAUCUUGCACAUAUAUUUCUAGAGACCCAGAAAAAGUCAUGA